GUUACGUGGGUGUUGUGAACCGCAGUCAGAAGGACAUCGACGGAAAGAAAGACAUCAACGCAGCGCUGCAGGCGGAGAGGAAGUUCUUCCUGUCUCACCCCUCGUACAGACACCUGGCCGAGCGCAUGGGGACCGCCUACCUGCAGAAGGUCCUCAACCAGCAACUGACGAACCAUAUCCGCGACACGCUGCCCGCGCUGCGCAGCAAGCUGCAGAGUCAGCUGCUGAGCAUCGAGAAGGAGGUGGAGGAGUACAAGAACUUUAGACCAGACGAUCCCAGCAGGAAGACCAAGGCCCUGCUGCAGAUGGUGCAGCAGUUCGCUGUAGACUUUGAGAAGCGUAUCGAGGGCUCUGGAGAUCAGGUGGACACCUACGAGCUGUCAGGAGGAGCCAAGAUCAACCGCAUCUUCCACGAGCGCUUCCCCUUCGAGAUAGUGAAGUUGGAGUGCGAUGAGAAGACCCUUCGUAAAGAGAUCAGCUACGCCAUAAAGAACAUCCACGGGAUCAGGACGGGGCUCUUCACCCCCGACAUGGCCUUCGAGACCAUCGUGAAGCGUCUGAUCGCUCAGAUCAAAGAGCCGUGUCAGAAGUGCGUGGACAUGGUGAUCAACGAGCUGGUGAACACCGUGAGGCAGUGCACUCAGAAGCUGGCUCAGUUCCCGAUGCUUCGUGAGGAGAUGGAGAGGAUCGUGACUCAACACAUCAGAGACCGGGAGAGUCGCACCAAGGACCAGGUGAUGCUGCUGAUAGACAUAGAGCUAGCCUACAUGAACACAAACCAUGAAGACUUCAUUGGCUUCGCAAAUGCUCAGCAGAAGAGCAGUCAAGCCAGUAAGAAGAAGGCAGCAGGAACUCAGGAUGAGAUCAUGGUGAUCCGUAAAGGCUGGCUCACUAUAAACAACAUCAGCAUCAUGAAGGGCGGAGCUAAAGAGUACUGGUUCGUCCUGACAGCAGAGACACUGAGCUGGUACAAAGAUGACGAGGAGAAGGACAAGAAGUACAUGCUGCCGGUGGACAACCUGAAGCUGAAAGACAUAGAGAAAAGCUUCAUGUCCAGCAAACACGUGUUCGCCCUGUUCCACACGGAGCACAGAAACGUUUACAAAGAUUACCGUCAGCUGGAGCUGGCCAGCGAGUCUCAGGAGGAGGUAGACAGCUGGAAGGCCUCUUUCCUACGGGCUGGAGUGUACCCUGAACGCAACGUGGAUAAAGACAAGGUGGAGGUGGAGGAGGCUCUGGGCGACGGGCAGAUCCACAGCCUGGACCCUCAGCUGGAGCGCCAGGUGGAGAUCGUCAGGAACCUGGUGGACUCCUACCUGUCCAUCAUCCACCGCACCGUCAGAGACCUCAUCCCCAAGACCAUCAUGCACCUGAUGGUCAACAACACGAAGGAGUUCAUCCACUCGGACCUGCUCGCACACCUUUACUCCUGUGGAGACCAGAACACCCUGAUGGAGGAAUCACAGGACCAGGCUCAGCACCGUGACGAGAUGCUGAAGAUGUACCACGCUCUGAAGGAAGGGCUGCACAUCAUCGGGGACAUCAGCACCUCCACCAUCACCACCUCCAUGCCUCCACCUGUAGACGACUCCUGGCUGCAG